GCCCCUUCCUGCGCCGCGCUCGGCUCCCGCGCCUCGCCUGGCCUGGCCGCCGCCGCGGGCGAGCACUCCGCGCUCGGGCAGCCCCCGGCCCGCGCCGCCCGCCCAGCCGGCCGUGCCGGGCCGCACUUCGCCUCCCGACCCGAGAGCCGCGAGCGCCCGGCCGAGGGGAGCCGGGGCGCGGGCAUCUGCGCCGGGCCCGCGAUGGAGUAAUGCCCAGCGGCCCGCCCGGUCCCGGUAAUUUUCUGAUGUGACGGCUGAGACAUGAGAUCUUCAGCCUCCAGGCUCUCCAGUUUUUCGUCGAGAGAUUCACUAUGGAAUCGGAUGCCGGACCAGAUCUCCGUCUCCGAGUUCAUCGCCGAGACCACCGAGGACUACAACUCACCCACCACGUCCAGCUUCACCACGCGGCUGCACAACUGCAGGAACACAGUCACGCUGCUGGAAGAGGCUCUAGACCAAGAUAGAACAGCUCUCCAGAAAGUGAAGAAGUCUGUAAAAGCAAUAUAUAACUCUGGUCAAGAUCAUGUACAAAAUGAAGAAAACUAUGCACAAGUUCUUGAUAAGUUUGGGAGUAAUUUUUUAAGUCGAGACAACCCUGACCUUGGCACCGCUUUUGUCAAAUUUUCUACCCUUACGAAGGAACUGUCCACUCUGCUGAAAAAUCUGCUCCAGGGGCUGAGCCACAAUGUGAUCUUCACCUUGGAUUCCUUGUUGAAAGGAGACCUAAAAGGAGUGAAAGGAGAUCUCAAAAAGCCAUUUGACAAAGCCUGGAAAGAUUAUGAGACAAAGUUUACAAAAAUUGAGAAGGAGAAAAGAGAACAUGCCAAACAGCAUGGGAUGAUCCGCACAGAGAUUACAGGAGCUGAGAUUGCAGAAGACAUGGAGAAGGAAAGGCGCCUCUUUCAGCUCCAAAUGUGUGAAUAUCUCAUUAAAGUUAACGAAAUCAAGACGAAAAAGGGUGUGGAUCUACUGCAGAAUCUUAUAAAGUAUUAUCAUGCACAGUGCAAUUUCUUUCAAGAUGGCUUGAAAACGGCUGAUAAAUUGAAACAAUACAUUGAGAAACUGGCUGCUGAUUUAUAUAAUAUAAAACAGACCCAGGAUGAAGAAAAGAAACAGCUAACUGCACUUCGAGACUUAAUAAAAUCCUCUCUUCAACUUGAUCAAAAAGAAGAUUCACAGAGCCGACAAGGAGGAUAUAGCAUGCAUCAGCUCCAAGGCAACAAGGAGUACGGCAGUGAAAAGAGGGGCUACCUGCUGAAGAAAAGUGACGGGAUCCGGAAAGUAUGGCAGAGAAGGAAGUGUGCCGUGAAGAACGGGAUUCUGACCAUCUCACAUGCCACGUCUAACAGGCAACCAGCCAAGUUGAACCUUCUCACUUGCCAGGUGAAACCAAAUGCUGAGGACAAGAAGUCUUUUGACCUGAUAUCACAUAAUAGGACAUAUCACUUUCAGGCAGAAGAUGAACAGGAUUAUGUAGCAUGGAUAUCAGUAUUGACGAACAGCAAAGAAGAGGCUCUGACCAUGGCCUUCCGGGGAGAGCAGAGCACAGGGGAGAACAGCCUGGAAGAUCUGACAAAAGCCAUCAUCGAAGAUGUCCAGCGGCUCCCAGGAAAUGACGUCUGCUGUGACUGUGGCUCGUCAGAACCUACCUGGCUUUCCACCAACUUGGGUAUUUUGACUUGUAUAGAGUGUUCUGGCAUCCACAGGGAAAUGGGAGUUCAUAUUUCUCGCAUUCAGUCUUUGGAACUAGACAAAUUAGGAACUUCUGAACUCUUGCUGGCCAAGAAUGUAGGAAACAAUAGUUUUAAUGAUAUUAUGGAAGCAAAUUUGCCCAGCCCCUCACCAAAACCUACUCCUUCAAGUGAUAUGACUGUACGGAAAGAAUAUAUCACUGCAAAGUAUGUAGAUCAUAGGUUUUCGAGGAAGACCUGUUCAACUUCCUCAGCUAAACUGAAUGAAUUGCUUGAAGCCAUCAAAUCCAGGGAUUUACUUGCACUAAUUCAAGUCUAUGCAGAAGGGGUGGAACUAAUGGAACCACUGCUGGAAGCUGGACAGGAGCUUGGGGAAACAGCCCUUCAUCUUGCAGUCCGAACUGCAGACCAGACAUCUCUCCAUUUGGUUGACUUCCUUGUACAAAAUUGUGGGAACCUGGAUAAGCAGACAGCCCUGGGAAAUACGGUUCUACACUACUGUAGUAUGUACAAUAAACCUGAGUGUUUGAAGCUGCUUCUCAGGAGCAAGCCCACUGUGGAUAUCGUUAACCAGGCUGGGGAAACUGCCCUGGACAUAGCAAAGAGGUUAAAAGCUACCCAGUGUGAAGAUCUGCUUUCCCAAGCUAAAUCUGGGAAGUUCAAUCCACAUGUCCAUGUAGAGUAUGAAUGGAACCUUCGACAGGAAGAAAUGGAUGAAAGUGACGAUGAUCUGGAUGACAAACCAAGCCCUAUCAAGAAAGAACGCUCCCCUAGACCUCAGAGCUUCUGCCACUCCUCCAGCAUCUCCCCCCAGGACAAGCUGGCACUGCCAGGGUUCAGCACUCCAAGGGACAAACAGCGGCUCUCCUACGGGGCCUUCACCAACCAGAUCUUCGUCUCCACAAGCACAGACUCACCCACAUCACCGACCACAGAGGCUCCUCCUCUGCCUCCCAGAAACGCCGGGAAAGGUCCAACUGGCCCACCUUCAACACUCCCUCUAAGCACCCAGACCUCUAGUGGCAGCUCCACCCUUUCCAAGAAGAGGCCUCCUCCCCCACCACCCGGACACAAGAGAACCCUAUCCGACCCUCCCAGCCCACUACCUCAUGGGCCCCCAAACAAAGGCGCAGUUCCUUGGGGUAACGACGUGAGUUCAUCAUCUUCAAGUAAGGCCGCAAACAAGUUUGAGGGACUGUCUCAGCAAUCAAGCACCAGUUCUGCAAAGACUGCCCUUGGCCCGAGAGUUCUUCCUAAACUACCUCAGAAAGUGGCCCUAAGGAAAACAGACACCAGCCAUCAUCUCUCCCUAGACAAAGCCAAUGUCCCGCCCGAAGUCUUUCAGAAAUCAUCACAAUUGGCAGAGUUACCACAAAAGCCACCACCUGGAGACCUGCCCCCGAAGCCCACAGAACUGGCCCCCAAACCCCAAAUUGGAGAUUUGCCACCUAAGCCAGGAGAACUGCCCCCCAAGCCACAGCUGGGAGACCUUCCACCCAAACCCCAGCUCUCAGACUUACCUCCUAAACCACAGAUGAAGGACCUGCCCCCCAAACCACAACUGGGAGACCUGCUGGCAAAAUCCCAGACUGGAGAUGUUUCACCCAAGGCUCAGCAACCCUCUGAAGUCACACAGAAGUCACACCCAGUGGAUCUCUCCCCAAAUGUGCAGUCCAGAGAUGCCAUCCAAAAGCAAGCAUCUGAAGACUCCAAUGACCUCACGCCUACUCUGCCAGAGACACCUGUACCACUGCCCAGAAAAAUCAAUACGGGGAAGAACAAGGUGAGGCGAGUAAAGACCAUUUAUGACUGCCAGGCAGACAACGACGACGAGCUCACGUUCAUCGAGGGAGAAGUGAUUGUCGUCACAGGGGAGGAGGACCAGGAGUGGUGGAUUGGGCACAUCGAAGGACAGCCUGAAAGGAAGGGGGUCUUUCCAGUGUCCUUUGUUCACAUCCUGUCCGACUAGCAAAAAGCAGAACCUUAAGAUUGUCCAGAUCCUUCAUGCAAGACUGCUGCCCCCAUGUAAUCCUGUGCACAACGUGUAUAUAGCUACUGUUACAGAAUCAGAAGCUCAUGGAAGGGCCACCUCAGGAGGGGAACACAGUGUGUAUUGUAAAUAUCCCAGGUCUUCUCCCUUCGCCAGUAUUAGGGUAGCCUUGGGACCCGGCGCGCCUUACUGGUUUGCCAAAGCCAUCCUUGGCGUCUAGCACUUACGUCUAUCUAUGCUGUUUUACAAGCAAACAAACAAAAAAGUAUAGGAACUGCUGGCUUUGCAAAUAGAAGUGGUCUCCAGCAACUGUUUAAAGGCAUAGAAUUGACUCUCUGUUCCUAACAAUGCAGUAUUCUUAAUUCUGUUACUGAAAACGCGACAUUAGCAAAGAGGUGGGUCCUGUUUUCCAGGUGAAACUUCUAGCUCCAUGGCAGACCAGCCUGUAGUUAUCUGUAUACACAGUUUACAGCUACAAAAACCUACUUUGGUAUUUAUUACAGAAAAGUGCUCUCUGUUCAAUGUAAGUGUUAUUCCUUCAGCAGAAUAUUCACUGGUCCAAAACUCUUUGUGGCGUUUCACAAUGCACAGAGCCUCACGCAAGUUGAGACAAACGAGUGGAUUGAUGCUGUCUUAUGAUGAUGAGUGCCCACCCCUGAGAUAUUACCUCAUUAUGCAAAGAUAACAUAUCCUUCAUGACUAUUUUGACAAAAGUUUAAAACACGUCUGAUGAAGUUCAACUUUCAGGAACCAAGGACUGCCAGAAAAUAUUAGCCUCUACAUUAUGCAUGCAUUUAGAAGCUUACAUGAAAUCUGCCUUUUAUAAAGGAAUAGUAUGAAUAAGUGGAACUGUACAUUUUUUAAACUUGAUUGCCAUUAAAGCAGAAAUUAUAAGGUUGCAACUAUAUUUGUUUCUAGUCAUUUGGCUUUCUCAAGAGUGUGGAUUUACAUAUCAUACAAAUCAGCAUUCCUCAUAUGUGGUAAAGCAUCUAAAGUAUCAAUUUUAAAUUAUUUUCUUAGCUUCUUGGAUAAAUUUAAACUUGUAAAAGAUACUCAAGGUGAAGAAUUUUAAAGUCAGUCCUUCACAGUUUCCCCACUGUAGAAUCCUGGUGCUGAAACCAAGCUUUUAUUUUUCCAUGCUCUUUAUUAAAACCCAAUCAUAGAUAAGUUUUCCAGUCUGAAGCUCUGUUCAUAGACACAUCACCUUCAAGUCAAGUCAUAACCAAGGUUCUGAACGCUGCUGUGAACUGCACUGUGGAAAGCACUCUUCCCUCUCUCGGGUUUCUUCUCAUCCCAGCCGUGGUUAUCAGAUCAUUAAGAACAUUGUGAGUAUUGCAGCCUCAUACAUCAGUCUGAAUUUUGGAAAAGAAUACAAUGGUUGUACUCCACAGCCAGUGGACUGUCUCUGAUUCCGAGGCUCAUGUGUCACUCUGGCAUAAAUUUGCUUAAAUUGCUAUUUUGGCAACAGCACAGGAAACUAAUAUUUUUAAGCAGAGAAUCUUGGCAAUGAGUGAGAAAUGUUAAUUUCACAGAAGCACAACUCCCAAGCAAACCCUUAGGAAAAGCCCUUUUUCAUAGAGUCACAGUGCUCAGUGAAUAUUCAUUUAGUUCCGCUUAAGUGGUUACCGUGAAAACAUCGAAUAGCCACCCAGUAAAUAAACCUUGCAUAACAAACCUGCGAAGUAUUUUAUCAGCUGUUAUUGGAAAGUGAUUUUAAGCAGUUGCUUCCUCGGCAUCAGGACACAUGGGGAUUCCCACAUUAAAUCGAGGCCACAAGGAACCAGUUGGCCACUGGUGUGUGGCUGGCAGCUUCCCCAGCCUCCCUGGUAUGUGAGCAGAAGUCAGCGUCUGAGGUGGCUCCACGUCGUAUUUCAUUCAUUUACACAUUUUAAAUUGCAUUAAAGAGCUCUUCAUUUUUUUUGGCCUAGACUAUUUUCAACUGAUUUCAAAAUAAACUGGUUUAAAAAACAUACACGCACAAAAGCGCCAUUUCUAUAAUUACACAGUGUCUGUUCUUUUCCCCUUUUGCAGCAACUUACAUAAAUGCAUUUUUAGUAUCUUUUUUCCCUGGGUUUUUUGUUUUGUUUUCCAUUAAGAAUUUGAGUUCUCUCUAAUCAGCUUACUAUGUAUGGGACAUAGGAAAACUAGGUAGGAAUACCUUUGGUGAUCUUGUUGAGUUUAAAUCUGAUCUUGUUCUUAAACUCAGUGAGCCACUAUCUGCAAUCUUGUACAUGAUAUAGUAUUUUGAAGGUAUUGAACCUUAUGAAAAAAAUAGCAAAUUAGAGGUUUUUCCUCCCACAGGGGAAAGUUACAUUCUGCAAAUAGUGUAUGUCUUAUUUUACUGUUGAACAGCAAUUGCUAUUUAUUUUUUUAUUGCCUAGCACUCCGACAUGUUGUAUAGGAAUCCCGUAGUGCCACUAGUUAAAUUCAGAUCCUCAUCUGGAUGUUUCCAUCAAACAUCAGUACAUUCGUCAUUUCACAUGUAUUUAAUGUGACAGUUUUUCAGUACUGUAUGUGUUAAUUUCUACUUUUUUUAAUAUUAAAAAUUGCUUUUAAAUAAACAUAGUCUCAGUUGAUCCCAAA